AUGGAGGAUUCCGCGACUUAUGGUUCCCCCGACAAUGGAGAGUCGCCAAUUGGUAAUCCCAUCUUGGCGCAGCCGCCGCUACAGCCUGACUCCGGUGCUGGCGAUGGGCAAGACGUCCAGAUGUUGGAGGACCAAGGGAACGGACCAGAUAUCAAACUCGACACCGCCACGUCGGGCGCAAGUGUGGCACCUGCCAAUCCUCUCGAUGCUCUAGAGGGUCCCCCGGCCGAGAGGGCGGUCCGACCGGACGAGGAGAUGGGCGAUGCGCCUGUCGACUCGAGACAGCCUGCCGCCUCAGUACAAGACGCCCUUGCCAGCGACGGCCCAGAUUCCAAAUCGAAGGAAAAGGUCGAGUCGGCGGCGCGUGACCAUCUCGUCUCCCAGACGCACGCGAUUGUCCUGCCCAGCUACAGUACCUGGUUCGACAUGAACACCAUUCACGACAUUGAGCGGAAGGCCAUGGCCGAGUUUUUCAACAGUCGCAACAGGAGCAAAACUUCGGCUGUCUACAAAGACUAUCGCGACUUCAUGAUCAACACCUACCGGCUCAACCCGGCCGAAUACCUUACCGUCACGGCUUGUCGACGCAACCUGGCCGGCGACGUCUGUGCUAUCAUGAGAGUGCAUGCAUUCCUCGAGCAAUGGGGUUUGAUCAACUACCAGGUGGACGCGGACCAAAGACCCUCUCACGUUGGACCCCCCUUUACAGGGCACUUCAAGAUCAUCUGCGAUACUCCUCGUGGGCUUCAAGCCUGGCAGCCCUCGGCCGACCCUGUGGUGUUGGAAGGGAAAAGCAACACCGACACCGACAGGAAGGCGAACGCGGCGGCCACCAGCAAAGCCGACCUGAAUCUGGAGAUUGGUCGGAACAUAUACGAAGCCAGCGCCAAAGGAACCCCCAUUGCCAAGGUGGAAAACAAGACAAAUGUGAAUUGUCACCAGUGCGGAAGCGACUGCACACGUGUUUACUUCCACAGCGCGCAGAUGGACUCGAGCUCAAAAGCCAAGUAUCACGUGUGCCCGCUGUGUUUCACUGAAGGGCGGUUACCUGCAAACCACACGUCAAGCAUGUACACCAAGAUUGAAAAUCCAGCCUACGAAGGUGGCAUUGAGCGAGAUGCUCCAUGGUCCGACGCCGAAAUCCUCCGUCUUCUCGAGGGGCUCGAGCGAUUUGACGAGGACUGGGCAGAAAUCGCAGACCAUGUCGGCACCCGAACUCGCGAGGAGUGUGUUUUGCAAUUUUUGCAGCUCGAUAUUGAAGAGAAGUACCUGGGCUCGGAAGCGCCCGUCAACGCGCCCACGGGCUUGUCCAUGCUCGGGUCUCAGCAUGGACAGUUACCGUUCAGCUCAGUGGAUAAUCCCGUCAUGUCCGUGGUUGGGUUUCUUGCCAGCUUAGCCAAUCCUGCCAGCACAGCUGCUGCAGCCCAUAAGUCGGCUGACGAGCUGAAGCGGAGCCUCCAGAAGCAGCUCCAUGGUAACCAGGGCAAGGAGCAGUCAGACGCCAACGGGCAGGACAACCGCAGAGGCCAGGGGGGGGGGGAUGAAGAUGACGAGCCGACCAAGGCAGAUUCAAUGGAUGUGGAUGUGCGCCAGGAGACGACGACUACCCGGAAGGUAGCAACUACUACAACCACGGAAACGACGACAAGCAGCAAGACUACGCUGGCAUCGGUUCCCCUGGCUUCGAUAGGGGGGCGUGCCGCCGCGUUCGCGUCGCACGAGGAGCGCGAAAUGACUCGCCUGGUGUCAGCGGCUGCCAACGUGACGCUGCAGAAGCUGGAACUCAAGCUCAAGCUGUUCAACGAGAUGGAGUCGACACUGCGCGCCGAGAGGCGGGAGCUGGAGCGCGGGCGGCAACAGCUGUUCCUGGACCGGCUGGCAUUCAAGCGGCGGAUGCGGCAGGUUGAAGAAAACUUGAGGGCCGCGGAAGCUGCUGGCGGCGAGCAAGGGGCGCAGAUGGUGCACGAUGCGGCAAUGGAGGAAGCGGAGAGGCUGAGCUUCCAGCCCGCGAUGGGGGAACGGCUGGCGCCGGGGUCGAGCAGCCACGGGCAGACGAGGAGCCACGAGAUAUGA